AUGGAAACUGCAUUUAAUCGUGCAAAAGAACUAGUUAGUAAUUUGAAUAUAUUACCUUCAUUAAAGAAAUGCAAUGCUUGUGAACUUAAUAGUUUAAGUAAAAAUAUAUUUGAUAGUAUUAGAUUCAACAUUAAUUCGGAUACUUAUUCGGCAACGGAUGCAGAUUCUUCAUCAGAUUCUGAAUCUGAUUAUGAUGAUGAAACAAUGGAAAGUAAUGAAUUUAAUAGUGAUCUAAUCAAUGUGGAUGAAGAAGAUAAAGAUGCGGCAACGACACAAAGUGUUGAUGAAAUUAAAACUGAGAAAAUAAAUUUUACUGCAGAUAUUAAACUUGAAGAUUUUGAAAAUGAAAGUGCUCAAGCUGUUCAAAGAAUCAAUGCAUGGGUUGAACAACAAACAAAUAAGUUAAUUCGAAAUUUACUUUCAACAAAAGAUAUAACACCUGAAACAAGAUUAAUACUUAUUAAUAGUAUUUAUUUCAAGGGUACAUGGAUAAAAGAAUUUAACCAAAAUUUAACAAAGAAAGAUGCUGAUUUUUAUGAAACAAAUGGUAAAAUUUCUAAAGUAACAUUAAUGCAUCAACGAGAGAAAUAUGCUUACGCUGAGAAUAAUGAUUUAUAUGUACAAAUUGUUCAUGUACCAUAUAUAAGUGAAAAUAAAGAUGUUGAAUUUGUUUUUACGGUGAUUUUACCUAAUCGAGGAGUUCAAUUAGAUGUUGUAGAACAAAAAUUAGCAUCACAAUCUGAUUUAAUACAAAAAUUAUUAAGUCAUCAAAAUACAAGAAUAGAAGAGCUUCAUUUAUAUUUACCAAAAUUUAAAAUGGAAGCUACAUUUGAAUUAAGUAAUAUUCUUCAACAACUUGGAAUGAAAGAUGCAUUUAAUAGUUAUAAAGCAAAUUUUACAGGUAUCGCUAGCGAAAAAAAUGAUAGAGAUCGUUUAUACAUUAGCAAAGUUAUUCACAAAGCGUUUAUUGAUGUAAAUGAAGAAGGAUCAGAAGCAGCAGCAGCUACAGCCGUUAUCAUCACCCAUCAUGGACCAAGCUUACCGCCACCACAGCCCAUUGAAUUUAAAGCUGAUCGUCCAUUUCUAUUCUUCAUUCGUGAAAGUCGACAAAAUAUUGUCUUAUUUAGUGGCAAAUUCAUUUCACCACCGAUAAACUCAUAA